UUAAUAUGAGCUAUUUUCCAGUGACACUAUCAAACCCCUUUCUUAGUUUCGAGUAUCUUAUAGUAACCUGAAUUGUAACCUAACAUAGCCAGAAAUUCAUGAGCCCUAUCAGACCAUAAAAUGUAUUUUUGUUGCCAAAUAUGUGAGAGCUGCUAGUUUCGGUAGAACCUUGCUGAUUUAAAAUUGUUUUAAUAUGGCAAGACAAGGGAAGUUUUAAUGUUUAAUGAAUACUCAACUUCUUGUUUGUAAUGGUUUUGCAGAAAUCUACAACCUAUUUAGUUGAACUAUGAACAAAAAUUAGCGAUAUUAUGUGUUUAUCCUUAAAUGCAGCAGUCGAAGAACUUGUGUACAACUCUAUAGAUGCAAAAGCCAAAAGUGUGGCUAUACGUGUUGACCUGACCACGGGCAGCAUCGCGGUUGUGGAUGACGGAGUAGGCAUCAGGAAUAUUGAAGACAUAUCGCGGAAAAGAGGGUGUACUUCGAAGACAGCUGAUCGAUUUUCUUGCUAUGGGUAUCGUGGAGAAAGUCUUUACAAAAUUAGAAAGUUGUGUCGUGAACUUGUUAUUCAAACUAUGUGCAAAACCCAAAAUACUAAAACAAAUUGUGCAGUUUUUCGAGGUUCUCGAUACAGUUUGUUUCGAAUGCCUGCUCGAUCAUGUAGAGGCACUGCUGUCACGGUUCGCGAUGUUUACCACAGAAUACCAAUUGCGAAAAAGGUGGCUUCAUCACAUCAGGAAACCUUGUUCAGAUUGAAACAAAGACUAGUGCUGAUAGGUAUAGCCAACCCGACAGUGUCGAUAUCAUUGGUGAACAUCCCCGAUAUGACUAUAGUCUUUAACGUUUACCCGAGAAAGUCAUUUCUGAAAGUCUUAAGUAACGCUUUUUCUCAAAAGUUUCGAAAGCAAGACUUCCAACGAGUUUACAUCCAUGAUAGUCAAGAAAGGUGUACAGUGGCUGUUUUUAUUCACAAGUUUGCAAAAUUGUAUAUAGAUGACAUGGUUUUUGUCAACAGACGACCUUUAGAUGGAGAACUAUUUGGAAACUUGCUAACAGAUGCCAAGUCAUCUUCGAAUAUAGCUAAAAAUAAGUUCAUGAUAGCUUUUGUUGGUGUUCAAUCAAGAGACUACAGUUUACCAUCAAUUGUAAGAGCAAUUGCAAGUGCUAUUACCAGUGUAACAACAGAUGACAAACUGGUCUGGGUCAAAAGUGAUAAAAGGGCUGUAAAUGUUGAAACUGACGAAAGAAUAGUUUCAUCGCUAGUUGCGAAAGUUUGUUCCAACAAUAAUACACCAUUGAAAGCCAUUGAAGGCGAAGAAAAUGAAAAAUGUUGUUCCAAUCACGAACUGAUAGCGACGAAUGUAGCAGAAGAACUUGAUCAAGAUUCAUGCCAAGUGAGCAAUGCUACUACAAAUUCCAGAACAUUCAAAAGAAACAGGUCGCAAGAAGAAAGAGCAGAUGUAGCUAGCAAUGAGGAAAAAAUCAUGGACACUCAAAAAAUCGCGAGAAAUAUCUGCAGCUUAACUCCCUUGAUCGGUUCUUCAUACUGUGGAAAUUCAAUCAUUCAGACUCUGAGUGUUAAGCACAAUUCAAAAAAACGCAGUCUUGUGAAGUACCGAGAAUUGCAACCUAGUCAAGGGACAUUGUCUUGUGUACCCGAAACUGUGUAUGAAUAUUAUCCAACUGACAAAUCCGUUGAAAAUAUUUUCAAGUCUACUGGAAGUGAAAAUAGUGAAAUACAUUGUCGCAGUUUACUCACCCAAAGUUUGAUCGUACCUUCUACCAAAAUGAAAGCUCACUCUUUGCCCUCACCCUUUGCCUGGAACCAGAAAUUUAGCGAGGUGUCUCACGAGUUUCACAUGGAAGGCGAGAAUUCCAGCUGCGUGCUGAAGAAAAUAAGGGAACCUGUGAACUCGCCAGGCUGCUUUUUCAACCACUCAGUCCGGGAUAAUUUUGCACACUCACAAUCAACCUCAAAAUCGGGCUUCCACCUAGAUGCGGAAGAUCUCGAUUCUCUGAAUGUCAUCGGGCAGUUUGGAAGGAAGUUCAUUCUCUCAGCGAAGGAAACUGAAAAAGGGUUCCAUCUUAUUGCAAUUGACCAACAUGCAGCACAUGAAAGGUUUACGCCUAAACAUAAAAUUCAGUCAGACUAUUAUGACUGGAAUUUAAUUUUUGAAUCAUUUGGAUACCGAAUAUUGAUGUCUUUUUUGAGCAAUGCGCGAUACAAUGAAAAUGCAUUCGAAGCUAAGACUGAACUCAAUUCAAGAAAUGGCGUGCUCAAAUCAGCCAUUUUGAUUGAGACAAUUGACAUUGAAUUAGACAAGGCCUCUUACGAGCUUGUUAAAAGUCGGAAUCUGUUCAAGAAAUACGGAAUAGAUUCGUUUUACUGUUCAGAUUCAGAAAUAGUUCAAGUCAAUGCCUUGCCAUUCUGUGCUGUUUAUUGCGCUGUAGUACAACAUAAGCCAGAAGCUGAACAAAAGAGUUUUUUGAAAUUGCUGGCGAAAGAAUUGAUGAGCGAAUGUGUUCUAUUAGCAACUGCGUUCAAUCAAGACUUGCCACACUGUGUUUUGGAGUUGUUGAAACUUGAAGCGUGUAGAUAUGCUAUCAAGUUUGGCGAUGAGUUGACGAUAGAGGAGUGUGAUGGUUUGAUUAAGCACUUGAAGGUGUGCGAGUCGCCUUUCAUAUGCGCUCAUGGAAGACCAAGCAUUGUGUCGCUUGCUAGUGUGCAGGGAGGAAAAAUAACUGAGAAGUUACCUGUUUACAAUGAUUAA